AAUUUAUCUUCGUUUCCUUCCCAAUCCUCUCCCGCCAUGUUUUCUCUUCCCGUUAAACCUCUGACUCCUUUCACUUCUCUCUCAUCCAAACCCCUAAACCCUCCCAAAUGCUGCAAAUCCCAACCCCAAAUUGAAAGGGGCCUCUCUUUUGACGUCGGAGACACCUUCUUCCGCCACGAAAGCUCCACCGGCCGUGACCUCGGCGUGCUUUCCGCCGCAAUUUACAAGAAAUCCCACAAUGCCCUCCGGGUGCUCGACGCAAUGUGUGGUUGCGGAAUUCGCUCUAUGCGGUAUCUGGUUGAAGCUGAUGCUGACUUUGUGCUGGCCAACGAUGCGAAUCACGAGUGCGGCGGGGUUAUUUCAGGGAAUUUGGAGAGGGCGGAUAGGGAAAAGAAGAGAUGGGUGGUUAAGCAUUCGGAUGCGAACCGGGUUUUGACGGAGUGUUAUUUGGAACGGGAUUUUUUUGACUUGAUUGAUGUGGAUUCUUUUGGGAGUGAGUCGAGUUACUUGAGGGCGGCGAUGUGUGCUGUGAAGUUGGAUGGGCUUUUGUAUGUCACUUCUACUGAUGGGUACUCGUCUGGCGGGCACCGGCCUGAACAUACUUUGGCUGCAUAUGGAGCAUAUGUUAAGCAUAUGCCAUACUCAAAUGAGAUUGGAUUAAGAAUGCUCAUAGGUGGGGCUAUGCGGGAGGCUUCUGUGUUGGGUUAUCAGGUCGUGCCACUUUUCUCGUACUACUCGUACCAUGGCCCCGUGUUUAGGGCAAUGCUCCAGAUUAGGCGUGGCAAGUAUCCCAAUAAGAGGCAUUAUAGUUUCAUCAGCUACUGCAUUCAAUGUGGAAAUUCUCAGGCAUUCUCAUGGGGUGAACUUGGUCAGAUGAGGUGCUCUUGCAAUAACGUUCCAGGUUCGCUUAUUGUUUCAGGGCCCCUUUGGACAGGACCUCUUCACAGUGCAUCUUUUCUUACUGAAAUGCUAAACUUGGCUGGACAAUGGGGUUGGACAAGCAACAAAACAGGAAAACAUCUCGAAACAUUGUUAAAACGAAUGAUUGAUGAAAGUGACCCUGUAUUGCCAUUUGGAUACAUCAGACUUGAUGAGAUAUCAAGUCGAGCGAAGGUUAAUUCCCCUCCCUUAGAUUCUGUAUUGUGCACAUUACACAAGGAAGGGUAUGCUGCUUGCAGAUCACAUAUUGCCUCUAAUGCAAUCAAGACAAACUGUCCUAUGGUUGAUUGUGUGAGGCUUGUGAAGGAACUUCAACAGUGUCCAGAGACUGGUGAAGGAAAGUUGCAUCAUGCUAUUGAAAUAUAACGAUGAUUACCUACAUCAAAGCAUGCAUUCCGGAUUCCAAAUCGGUAAGAAAACCUGUGCUUUUGCUUCACCAUAUAGACGGUGGAAGGAUGAAGAAUCACCAGUACACAACCUGUGCUUGUUGCUUCACCAUAUAGACGGUAGAAGGAUGAAGAAUCACCAGUACACGCAACAGAUAAUACUGGACCGAGCUCAGGAUACUUGAACUCACCCAGGCUGAUUGAUGGAUAAUGUUGGUGGUUAUUCAGCCAACUUGCGAUUUGCCUGGAGCUUUGCAGGAAAUGAAGUCAAUCUCUUUAUAGUUUAUUUUCUUUAUCUUUUUCCCCUUUGUUCAGUUUCAUGUCAAAAUUCUUAUAACAGAAAUACCAGUUCUAAAAUCCACAAUAGGAUCCAAUAUUUAAGAAAACUGUGUACUUUAACCACCCACAGCUAAAACUUAAAAAGUGCCUGUCAUAGAUGUGUCAUUGCAAGUUUGUAGUUGACUUCAUUUUCUACUUCAUUGUUUGCCAAGAAACAGAAAUUCAUUGAACUAUAGAGAAGAUGUAGUUAGAAGUAAAUCUGAGCCCCAACGAACACAGUGCAUUGCAUCAACUAAUGCUUCUCAGCCCUCCAGACAAGCAAGCCCAAAAACAUUAUGUAUAAGUGUGUACAGCAACC